AUGCUGAACGAAUGCCAUUUCGACCUUUUAUACUUCCCCAGUGGAAUUCCACAUGAUGAUCUCCAAGAGCUAUUCAGGCGGAUUCGGUGCCAAAGUAAGACCAAACCACAUGCAAUUCUGCGGGAUUUUCUGGAGCACGCAACUUGCAUAUUGCACGAAGAGUUUCGUCGGCUACCGAGGAGUUUACGAACUGUGUUGCCUCCAUUGAGUAAUGCCCUAGACCUAGCGGAAUUGAGUAUUCCGCAACGAGGACCGCUGGCGGGGGCUGUGGAAGGCGUUCUUAGCUGCUUGCUCCAUAUAGCGUCUUUGAUCGGGUACUACGAGAGCCACCCGGAGCAAUAUGCAUUUUCCCAUUCAACGACUUGCUUCACUGGGAUUGGGGUAAGUCUCCUGGCCGCUGCAGCUGUCGCGGCUUCUCCUGCGUUGUCUGAGCUUCCCAAACUUGGUGCUGAGGCCAUCCGGAUAGCCUUCCGCAUGGGGGUAUUGGUACAUGAAAAAUCCCAAUGCAUAGAAUCCCAGGAGCCGGGAAGCGAGCCUCUUCGCUGGGCGGCUGCAGUGAUGGAUUUGGACGAAGAGACUGUGCGAAAGGAACUCGAAACCUUCAACAUAUCCACUUGCAGUUCAGUCCCCAGUCAACUGUUUAUCAGUGCCGGUGGCGACGACAACAUUACAAUCAGUGGGCCACCCUCCAAGCUUCGGAAAGUCUUUCAAACCUCAAAACUUCUCCGUUCUGCGCGAUACGCACAUUUGCCUGUUUAUGGCGGCCUUUGCCACGCGCCCCAUAUUUACAACGCUGGCCACGUCGCUUUAAUUCUUGAGACAACAAAUUCAGUGGUAGUGGACCGAAAAAUGAUAAACUCUGCUCCGCUUCUUUCCACGGGGAAUGGUGAACCCCUUCAGGGAACAACUCCGCGCAAUAUUUUUGAAUCAGUCGUUCAUGGGCUUCUCACAGACUCAAUCAGAUGGAAUAUGGCGAGGGAUGGUGCUCUACGAUCCGUCAAAAGUGCCGGAGUGAAAUGUCAUGUGUAUGCAUUUCGGCCUUGCGCCGUGGUGGCCGAUCUGGUUGCUUCGGGUGUAACCAAAGCCCCCCAGUGUACAUUCGAAACUCGCGAUUUAAUGGAGUGGAUCUUCGACCCCCAAAGUGAUACCUCCCCACUCAGACAACGGGACUCAAAAAUCGCCAUUGUCGGAAUGUCCUGCCGUAUGCCCGGCGGGGCUAACGACCUGCAAUCGUUUUGGGACAUACUGCAGGAGGGCCGUGAUGUACAUCAGCGUGUCCCGACUGACAGGUAUAACGUCGACAGUCAUACGGACCCAUCUGGAGCGACUCGGAACACCAGUCUCACCCCAUUUGGAUGCUUUAUUAACCAGCCAGGGCUAUUUGAUGCGGGUUUUUUUGACAUGUCACCCAGAGAAGCAUCUCAAACCGACCCCAUGCAUCGUCUCGCGCUGUUGACUGCAUAUGAGGCUCUGGAGCAAUCCGGGUUUGUCGCAGACCGAACUGAAUCCACCGAUCGAAGAGGGGUCGCGACUUUCUAUGGUCAGUCCUGUGAUGAUUACCGGGAGGCAAAUUCGGGCCAAAAAGUCGAUACAUACUUCAUUCCCGGUGGCUGCCGGGCGUUCGCGCCAGGGCGUAUCAACUACUUCUUCAAAUUCAGCGGGCCAAGUUUCGACUGUGAUACUGCUUGCUCCUCCAGCUUGGCAACCAUCCAGAUCGCCUGCACGUCGUUACUUCAUGGUGAGAGCAACAUGGUGGUGGCAGGAGGCCUGAAUAUCCUCACAAAUAGCGAUGGCUUCGCGGGGCUGAGUCGAGGACAUUUCCUAUCCAAAACAGGGGGCUGCAAGACCUUUGACUGCGACGCAGAUGGCUAUUGCCGGGCCGAUGGGAUUGGCUCCAUUGUCAUGAAACGCUUAGACGAUGCAGAGAGAGACAACGACAACAUCUUGGGCAUCAUAUUGGGAUCUGCCACCAACCACUCCGCGGAUGCUAUCUCUAUCACACAUCCACAUGCCCCGACGCAGGCUAGUCUAUAUAGCCAUGUCACGACUAGUGCAGGAGUAAACCCCAUUGACGUAGACUUUGUGGAAAUGCACGGUACAGGCACACAGGCUGGCGAUGCAGCGGAAAUGGAAUCAGUCACCACGGUAUUCAGCCCGAGGGCCCCAAAGCGCACACGCAAGCAGCCGCUGUACAUUGGAUCUGUCAAGGCCAAUGUUGGACAUGGAGAGGCUGCAGCCGGUAUCAUGGCUUUAAUCAAGGUUCUAUUGACCUUGCAAAAAGACAUUAUUCCAAAACAUGUGGGUAUCAAGACCGGAUACAACCCGAAAUUACCAGAUCUCGAUCCCCUAAACGUUCGAAUCCCCUUCGAACAAGUGCCCUGGCCUCGCAAUCCGACACGGAAGCGCUAUGCAGUUGUCAAUAACUUCAGCGCUGCAGGGGGGAAUACAACACUCCUGCUUGAAGAGCCCCCGUUGCGAUCACAAUGUGAGCGGGAUCCUCGAACCGCAUUUACCAUUGCAAUCUCAGCAAAGAGUAAGAUUUCUCUGAAGAAAAAUCUGCACUCGCUUCUGGCCUACAUCAAGUCAAUGCCAUCAGAAAACCUUGCAAGCCUAUCAUACACCACUACAGCUCGUCGCAUGCAUCACAACCACCGCAUAGCCGUAAGUGGUGGGAGCCCUGAAACAAUCAUUCAAGAGCUCGAGAAAUACCUUCCUACGGUGGAAACCCAUCGCCCGAUCGAAAGCACGCCCGUCUCCCUGGCUUUUGUCUUUUCGGGCCAAGGCACCUUUUACGUGGGCAUCGGAUGUCAGCUGUAUGAGCACCGUUCAGAUUUCCGAAAGCGAGUGCUUCAGCUCAACGACAUUUGCCUUGGUCAUGGGUUCCCCUCUUUCCUUGGGCUCAUCACUGGGGGUGAUUCACAGCAAGAAUCCGACCUGAGUCCUAUCGUCACCCAUCUAGCAAUAGUUUGCAUAAGCAUCGCUCUGUGCUGGGAAUGGGAGAAUCUUGGGGUUGAGCCUUGUGCCGUUGUCGGAGCAAGCCUUGGUGAAUUUGCCGCGCUUUAUGCUGCCGGAGUACUGUCUGCAAGCGACGCCAUCUAUCUCGUGGGAGAAAGAGCUCGGCUUAUAGAAGAGCUGUGCACCCCCAACACACAUGCCAUGCUGGCGGUUCGAGCAACCAUCGACCAAAUCGACGAGGCCCUGGCUGGCACUCCGUACGAGGUAGCAUGCUUCAAUGGAAUCCGUGACAUCACUCUGAGUGGAUCUGUCGAGGAUAUUGCCAGAAUACGGCUCAGCAUUGAAGACUCUGGGUACAUAUGUACUGAGCUCAAUGUUCCCUACGCGUUCCAUUCUGCUCAAAUGGACCCCAUUCUCGAUCAAUAUGAGAAGAUCUGCGGUGGCGUCACCUUCAAAGAACCUAAACUCCCUGUGAUAUCCCCUCUUAUGGGUGGGUGUGUGUUCGAUGGCAGCACCUUCAACCCAUUAUACAUGCGCAACGCAACGCGAAACCCCGUUCACUUCGUGGACUCUCUUAGCAGCGCUCUGGACCUGGGAUUGGUUGAUGCCAAGACAGUCUGGGUAGAAGUGGGACCUCAUGCUGCAUACAGCCAUUUUGUUCGUAAGGUGAUGCCCGAGGGAACAAUCACGGUGGCCAGCCUCAAAAGGGAUGAAGACAAUUUCCACACCUUUGCUCGUGGCAUGGCAGAGCUACACAGUUUGGGGUUGAAGCUCGAUUGGCAGAGUUGGCAUGCACCUUUCGAGUCCCAACUGAGACUCUUAGAUCUCCCGGCCUACCAGUGGAAUUUAAAGAAUUACUGGCUUCCAUACAACGGGACCUGGAUGUUAGCGAAAGAUGACAAUUCAUCACAUAGCUACAACCGCCUGACUCCCUUUCCCUCACAAACCGCACUCGUCCAGGAUCUUGUCCAGGAAUCCAUUGCAAAGGAUCGUGCCGAAGUAACUGUUCAGUCCGACAUCCUACAGCCCGGUUUUUGGGAGGCCAUGAACGGCCAUAGAAUGAACCAAUGUGCAGUAGCCACAUCGUCAAUCCAUGCAGACGUUGCCUUCACCCUGUCCAACUACCUUCACUCUCGUAUGAGACCAAACCUAACCGUCCCAGUCACCAAUAUCAAAAACAUGCAAGUCAAGCAAGGACUCAUCGCAAGAAAAGAUCGAUCCCGGCCCCAGUGGAUUCAGGUGCAUGCUGUGGCUGACGGGUCGACUGGCUCUGUGCAACUCUUCUGGUAUGCUCUAAAUAACCAAGGACAGCGGGCCCCAGAUUGCUUUGCUACUGCGAUUGCAGAAUGGGGCGACCCUGUAUCCUGGCAUAACGAAUGGGCCCCUACAGCCCACUUGGUACUUGGUCGGAUUGAGACCUUGCGGCAGGAGGCUUCCGUGGGCAAGGCAAAUCGACUAUCGCAAGACUUGACAUAUAGUCUCUUUGGGAAUUUGGUCGACUACGCAGAAAAGUAUCGCGGGAUGCAAAGUGUAGUUCUACACGGCAUGGAAGCUACAGCCGAGAUCACUCUUACUGCCAACGAGCGACCAGACCAGUGGACAGUACCACCAUUCCACAUUGACAGUGUCGCGCAUUUGGCAGGAUUCAUCCUGAACGGCGGAAACGCCCUUGAUUCCCGAAAGAACUUUUAUGUCACGCCGGGCUGGAAGUCCAUGCGCUUUGCCCGGCCAUUGGUGGCUGGCGAUCGUUACGUGAGCUAUGUAAAGAUGAUGCCCAUUCACAAACAGCCCGGAUUUUUCGAGGGCAAUGUCUUUAUCAUCCAAGGGGACACGGUUAUUGGUUUGGUUGAGGGUAUCACGUUCCGCUCUUUCCCACGAUUGCUUUUGGAUGAGUUUUUCAGUCCGCCUGAUCUGAAGGGGGUCUCAGUUUGUCAAGAAGCCGUCUGUGAAAGCAACUUACCCGGUCCUCAGGCGUCAGCCGCUUUGCUUCAUCCAGAAGUCCCUCCUAGAACUGAGUUGGCUGAAGAUGAGAGUGAAAACGGCGUCAGCUCAACUCCUCCUACGCAAGUCUCUCCCCAGGAUUCCUCUACAGUGAACCCGAUCGUCCAGCAGGCUAUGGUCUUGAUCUCUACAGAAACGGAGAUUGACCUCCAUGAGCUGACAAACGAAACGGAAUUCGCCUCAAUCGGUGUUGACUCACUGAUGUCACUCGUCUUGGCACAGAAGUUUGGAUCAGAAUUCAAGUUGGAAGUGCGUAGCUCGUUGUUUUUAGACUGUCCUACAAUUGGUGAUUUCAAGGCCUGGUUGAUGGAUUACUGUUGA